AUGAAGCCUUAUAUCGUCUGGCAGACGGCCAAUACGGACUGUGUCGCCCAAGGUCUUCUUUUGCCACCGAAACAUUACAACUAUCCAUUUGACACCAGAAGCUCAGGCAAAGAGGCGACGAUCUUGCGGUCGAACUUCACUCUUGACCAGCCCUGGAAUUGCGACCAGAUAAUCGAAGAUAGCGAACACGACAUCAUUGGUAGGUCAUUGGAGUCAGUUAUGAAUUGCUACGGAAGAUUUGGACCUGAAAUCGUCGACGUUUCCUCUGAUAUACUCGACUGGAUGGAGAUCAAGAGAGAGAACUUCCUUAGAGAAGAGAUACCAAAGGACGCGACCGGAGAGACCGCGGCUUAA